AUGGAAGUUGUGGGCUGCAAGACAGAGCCAGGUAGUUGCCGAGUCCUGCGCGCCACCACCACCACCGCUGGAGCUGGAGCUGGAGCUGGGGCUGGAGCGGACCACGCCAUGCUUUUCCACGGGAUCUCGGGCGACCACAUCCAGGGCAUCAUGGAGGAGAUGGAGCGGCGGUCCAAGAGCGAGGCGCGGCUCGGGAAGGCCAUGCAGAUCAACGGGAGGGACGCGACUAUGCCCAACAUGAACCCGGAGAAGCCUGCCCUCUGCGCGGGCUGCGGGGGGAAGAUCUCGGACCGGUACUACCUCCUGGCCGUGGAUAAGCAGUGGCACCUCCGCUGCCUCAAGUGCUGCGAAUGUAAACUGGCUCUGGAGUCCGAGCUCACCUGCUUCGCCAAAGAUGGAAGCAUUUACUGCAAAGAGGAUUACUACAGGUAA